AUGGCAACAGAUACAACUAGCGCUAACCUCAACACUGAACUCCCAGAGUAUCCGGACCUUGUUCUUGCAAAUUUCCCGAAAAAAGAAGGCGAAACUGUUCAAUUAAUAGAUGGAAGACAAUUCGGUUUCAUGGAGUAUAAUAUAACUCAUACUGUCCAAAAAACAGCACUCAGAGACAAUCGAGAACACAUAAUUUUAUUGAUACCAGGUCUACCAGGGUCUCGGUUUUACUGUCACCCGCACGUACUUGCAGAAGAAAAAAACAAAGAAUUAAACAAAACUUCGGCGAAAAAUAAUAGCAAUAAUCGUAGUGAUCAUGAUUGCGAUAAUGAAAGUUUGGAUUUGAUUAAAAUUCGUUUAUUUGUAUUAGAACGACCAGGAAUUGGAUUAUCAACCUUUGCAAAAAGAACAUUUCUCGAUUUUGCUAAUGACGUUAAAGAAUUUUGUGUGAUAAAAAGAAUAAUGGAAUGUAAAGUUAUUGCUUAUUCUGCUGGUGGUCCAUAUGGAUUAGCACUUGCGCAUUCUUUGGGUAAUAGCGAAGAAGGUGAACAAGACGCAUUAAUAAAACCACUUGUCACAAAAGCUGCAAUUAUUAGCGGAAUAUCACCGCAUAAUACUCCACAUGCCACUGAUCGAAUGCCUUGGAAACAUAAACUAGCUUGGUGGCUUACUAAGCAUUCUCCUAAGCUUCUUUCUUUAUUGGCUUGGUUUGAGGCUAAAAUGGCAAUCCGCGAUCCAGUAGGAGCAAUGCGUGGAGGAUUCAACGAUGGACCACAAUCGGAUCGAGAUAUAUAUGAAAAUAUGCCCGGAGUAGAGCGUAUGUGUAUAGAGAGUAUGCUGGAACAAUACUCACGUGGACAACUUAGUACUGAAUGUUACGAGUAUUCUUUGUGGGGAAAACCUUGGGGUUUCCGAUUAGAAGAUAUUGGGAAAUCGGGUAAGGGGGAAAGUGUAAAGUGUAAAGUGUGGCACGGGGAAGAAGAUAUCGGGACAACUGCAGUUAUGGGCAGAUAUUUAGUGGAUCAUAUAUCCGGCUGUGAGUCUCGAUUUGUGAAAGAAAAAGGACACAUGUUGUAUUUUGAAAUUUGGGAAGAGGUAAUAGAUUGGCUUAUGGAGGAGUAA